AUGGCUUCCCCAACAUCAACUUCGGCGUCUUCGACAAGUCUGAGCUCGCAAGCUGUCGAUGAGAAACGCGAUCGGCCAUUGAGUCCAGAUAUUUCAGGAACACAUCCUUCACAGCCAGAUUCGAAGUCUAGUCCUACGUUCAUAUCUUGGGCCUCAUCGACCGACUCUUCAAAUCCUUUCAACUUCUCUUCCUCGAAAAAAUGGCGCACGACGCUUCUAGCCUGUACCAUGACAUUCGUCGUACAAGUCUCAGGAACAAUGCUUACAUCCGCCGCCGAGCAAAUCAACACCAGCUUCAAUAUCAGCGACAAGGCAUUCCCACACUCCUACUGGCCAGUGUUGAGUUGGAACCUGGGAGGCGCCGCAGCACCACUCUUGGGACUGCCUUUGAUGGAGAACUUUGGAGUACGAUGGAGUUAUCUGGUCAUCUACGCAGUUCUGAUCAUCUUCAUCAUUCCACAAGCGUUAGCCAAAAACUUUGCGACAAUCAUUGUAACGAGGAUCAUUACGGGUUCUUGCUCGGGUGUGCUUGCCAAUAUAACGUCGGGCAUUGUGAGUGAUAUAUGGAAAGACGGAAGAGCGAAGAGUUUCGGUACCUCACUUUACAUUUUCGCCCUGCUUGCGGGUCUUAAUAUGGGGCCUGUUUUUGGGAGUUUGGUAGUGCAGUAUACGACCUGGCGAUGGAUCUUCCUAAGCCAGAUCAUCUUCUAUAGCGCCCUUAUACCGGUGCUGUUCUUCCUCCUCCCCGAGGUUCGACCCGAUGUCAUCCUCACUCGGCGUGCACGUCGUAUUCGCGCAGAGACUGGAAAAGAGGUGUAUGCACAGGCGGAGAAAGAGCAUACAAAUUUUGGUGAGAUCCUUAGGGAGACGCUUGUCAGACCCACACGCAUGCUCUGUACCGAAGGCGUAGUUCUGUCUUUUGGAAUGUGGAGCGCUUUCUGCAUCGGCACAGCGUUCAUGUUCACACAGUCGAUCGUGCAAGUCUUCUCGGAGUUGUACGGCUGGUCUUUCUUCGGCACGGGUCUUGUGCAGUCCGCAGUCGUGAUUGGGGAGCUUAUCGGCCUUGUCGCAUCCCUAGUUCAAGAUCGAAUCUACUUCGCAUCCGCGAAACGCAACACGGAUACACCAGGAAAACCGAUUCCUGAAGCACGACUCUAUCUCAGUAUUCCAGCUUCGUUUAUUGGUCUAAGUGGCGGACUGUUCUACUUCGCGUGGACGUCCUACGCUUCUAUACCAUGGAUUGUACCUAGUAUAUCGCUUGCCUUUGUUGGUUUUGGCAUGUUCUGCAGCACGGCUGGAGUGACGACGUAUGUGGUUGAUGCGUACGCAAAGUACGCUGCUAGUGCCAUUGCAGGCAUUGCAUUCCUUGAGAACUUCAUGGCAGCGUUCUUACCACUUGCAACCCAGAGUAUGUACCGUACGUUGGGCUUCCAAUGGGCGAGUAGUUUGUUGGGCUUCAUCGCAUUAGCACUGAGUUUCAUUCCUUUGAUAUUGUUGAGAUUUGGGAAAAGCAUACGUGGAAAGAGCCCAUUCAUGAGUGAAGCGGGGUACGAAGAUUGA